CGCUGCUGCUCGCACUCAAAAAGGCCGUUGGCGUCGAAGGGUGAGUAUUUAUACUCACUGCUUUCCUUCCCGGCUGCCCCUCUGGUCCUCGUCACUUCCUCUGGUGCUCCCGCUCCUUCUCUGAAAGAGGAAAAAAAAACACCGCUGCCCGCUAUCGGUGUUGCUGGAGUCACGAUUGGUGCUGAAUAUUGUGCAAUCAUCAGUAAACACCCCGAUCUCCGACCUCAUGAUGAAGCAGCUGAAGAUGGUCGGACCCAGGACAUUCCCCUGAGGAACUUCUGCAGAGAUGUCCUCUGGUGGAGAAAAUGUAAAAGAGAUUUAGCCAUCUAGCAACGUGAAAACUCAAACCGGUUUCCAGCAGCAUCUGCGCAUGGCCUUCCACCUUCACCUGAUCUGUCUCUUGAAGAUAUUUUACUCAAUCCCAGACACAUCAUCACUGUCAUCCACAAAGCAGCCAGAACACAAGGAAAUUACUGACCAACUGCAUCACAUUGAUGGAACCAAAGAGUGGUCAACUUUAUUGUCGAAACAUGUCUAUAUUCCCUGUUCUGCUUAUGAUGAUGAAUCUCCACGUUCUGGUUGGAUCGAUACGUAUUCUCCCGAAGCCAGGUCUGUCUCUGAAGCCUUCUUAUGAAAUGUUUGUGCGUGGGGAGACAAUAGUUAUGUAUUGUCGCUGUCGGUGCCCAGUUGCAACGAUCUACUUUUAUGGAGGCUCAAAAGUUUUCCAUCAAUUCAACAUUUCAGUGCCGCCAUGUGACGCCUAUCUUCGCUUUAAAGCUGACGAUAAUUUUGAAGGCACUUACCAAUGUCAGUGUCUCCUCUUUGAGAACAACGGCAGUCUGUCUUCACCAAGCCAUCCUGUUCAGAUACAUGUUCAAGACAAACCCUCACCGCCCAGAGUGAGCACAGUGCAGGGUCCCGCGGCAAGCCCGGGCAAAGAGUUUGUUAUCAUCACAUGCAGAGGGGAGAUCCGCUCCAGAGGAGGAAUAUUUUACUUGUACAAAAAUCAGUUCGCAAAUUUCACACAGCUGCGUCGGGUGACUGCUCAUGAGCAAAGCGUGAAUUUCACCGUCAAUGUCACGGGAAAAGACACAGCAGGGAAUUACAGCUGCCUGUAUCAAACAGAAAUCUCGGGGCAUCCAGUUGCUUCCUCAUUCAGUGAAAGUGUUGCAAUUUUCUGGAAAGGUAAAGAACAAAAACAAGAUCACACCAUGGUGAUGUUGGUGCAUCUCUACCUCAGUGUCUUCGUGCUCAUUCUGAUGGUGGUCAUCAUUGUUGAACAUUUUGCAAGCGGCUCACCACUAGCAGGAGCAAAAAAGGAUCGGAGAAAACGCACUAUUCAUGUCUUCACAACAGGACUAUGAUGUUUGAAGUGUGAAUCGAGUCACUUGCUGUUUCCAAUGUGUUUUCAGAAGAUGGGCUACAAUUCUAUGCUUUCUGUCACUCCCUGCCAAUUGGUCCACACUUGUGUCUUCUCCAAAGCUGCUCUCUCUUUUCCCCACACAUUCAGGAGACUGCGAAUCUUCACAUCCUAUCAUAAAGUGUAUAACAGGCCCUUUAAUCCAUUAAAACAGUACUGCCAAAAACUGUUAUAAAUCUACAGUAAUCCCACUUCCAGCCUAUUGCCUGAGUUUAGUAAUGUCCUUUUAGUUGAAAGACUUUUUAUCUGGUCAAAACUAGGUGUGACUCCAAACCCAUAGCAAUGUGCUUUUGUCUUCACUGUUCCUCUGGGCAAUUAGGGGUGGACAGACCAAGCAUUAAAAAUAAGAUCAUGUGUGAUAUCAGGUUGCAUUGCCAUAUGAUACAUCCACAUGUGGAACUAGGUAUACAGCAGAUGUCCCACCCACCUCCACCUUUUCAAAACACUUCUUCAAUGCUGAUUCUCAACUUUGAAGAGCACAGCAUCAGUCCAUCUCCCCAAAGAAUUUGCCCAGGAAUUUGUCAGCGGCAGUGGCUGGUCCUGAUGUAUUGGUAUCAAAAUUUGAUGUUUGUAUAUUGCCCUCACUGCCUGAUAUUGUCACAUCUCACUGCUCACUCACAGAUAAAUUUUGCCUCUUGGUUAUGUUGCACAUGCCAGUCUGUGCAAUGAAAAGGGAGAUUAAGUAAAGGGCAAUCUUCUAGUGAGAGCACUAAUGAGUGAUGGUUUGUGGUGCAGAGUUUGAAACCCUAACCUUUGAGCUCAGAGACCUGGGUUAAAUGUUCACAUUUGCUUCAAAGUAGAAAUGUACAGAACAGAACUAGCUCUUCAACCCAUUGAAUCUGUGUCAACUGAACAACUUGUGAAUCUGCACUUGGCCCAUUUCUUUGAAUGUUAUAACAUUUCAAGUUCUCAUCCAAGUAGAUUUAUAGAGCUGGACAGAAGAUGCAAAGGUUUGAAAAAAAUGUCCCAACAGGUUCAAGAAUAGCUUCUUACCCGCUAUUAUUGGACUUCUGAACAGACCUCUCAAAUUCUUUGUACCUUCUACGCAGCUGUAAGACCAUAUUCUGCAUUCUGUUCAAUAGCUCUGAUGUAUUUUGCAUAGUAUAAUCUGCCUGUAUA